GCGCUCUCUGCGCUCACUCUUCCACAUCUUUACGCAAAGGGUAAUGCCAGGUCUACUGCAUGAGGAACUCCCUACGAAAAGACGAAAGCUCUUAGGAAAUGGCUUGUAUCGAGACGUGCUCGGUAGCCCAAAGUUUGUUGUGGCACCAAUGGUAGACCAGAGCGAACUGCCGUGGAGAAUCUUGUCCCGUCAUUACGGAGCUCAGCUUGUAUACACUCCAAUGAUCAAUGCUCGAAUGUUAUCCGAGGAUAAGCACAAGAGCUACAAGGAACAGGCCUUUAACCUGUCUCACGGAGAAGAAGGCAGCACAUUUGAUCGUCCCCUAAUCGUUCAAUUUGCCGCCAACGAUCCAGAUCAGUUGCUUAAGGCUGCAAAAUUAGUGGAAUCUCAUUGUGAUGCCGUUGAUAUCAACUUCGGUUGCCCGCAGGACAUUGCAAGGCGAGGUCAUUAUGGGUCUUACUUGCAGGAUGAUUGGGAUCUGGUUUAUCGCCUUAUUAAUACCCUACAUGAAAAUUUGUCCAUACCUGUAACGGCUAAAUUUCGUGUCUUCCCCACUGUCGAGAAAACAGUCGAGUAUGCAAAAAUGAUGGAACGCGCUGGGGCCCAGAUUCUUACUUGUCACGGUCGAACGCGAGAUCAGAGGGGUCAAAACACGGGUUUGGCAGAUUGGGACAAAAUCCGAGCUGUCAAGCAAGCCGUCGCAGUUCCUGUCUUUGCGAACGGAAAUAUUCUCUUUCAUAGCGAUAUUCAACGAUGUCUCGAAGUGACGGGCGCAGAUGCUGUAAUGACCGCAGAGGCUAACCUGUACAAUCCAACCGUAUUGCUUCGCGCCUCUGCGAUCCCAUCUGCAUCAUGCGAUCCCGACCCGUUGUCAUCGACGAACGUUCAUCCAUCGUCUGCAUUUUUUACGCUACCCGAUGACCCCGGCGCGUACCUCCCGUCAACAGUACUUGCAUUUGAAUAUCUCAAGAUCGUGCGGGCAUUACGGACGCCCACGCAUACAAGCGCGAUCAAAGGGCAUCUCUUCAAGUUACUUCGACCAGCCCUUAUUAUCCACACGGACCUCCGAGCGAAGUUGGGGAUGGUCAGCUCGAAGAAGGGAAUGGACGCACUGCUUGACGAGUACGAGUCCAUCAUACGCGAGGCUGAGACACGUGUGACGCCAGAGAUAGAGCGCGUACGAAAAGGAGAAGUACAAUUGGAGGACCUCGUGACCGUCGACGAAGUGUCGGGCUUGCGUAUCUUACCGCAUUGGUUGGCACAGCCGUAUUUCCGUCCGGCAAAACCUAGGAAACCGGACGCCACACAAAGACCAAUACCGACCAGUACGCAGAAUAGUGCAAAGGAAGGCGAAACAAAGACUGGCCCCCUAGCCAAUGACGCUACUUAGAUGAUGCGACGGCUAAAGGCAGCACCCUGGAAGAAGCUGCUGUCGCAACAGUGGUCUGGUCGAGUGUCGGAGAUGAUUAGGAAGUCGUGUUAUAAUUUCAUAUUCAUUACGGAUAUUAUUGGUAUACACUUACAGUAUAGAUCUGCAUGGCAUAUUAUUUAUUAUUUCAUGGUACACCUUUCGGGCUAAUCUAUAUUCCC